AAUUGGGAGGUGUAAAUUGCAGAUAGCAGGAGGUUCAUUGGAUGGAUGGCAUUCACGUAGAAAUCAAUUGUUGUAGAUUGCUUCCCAUAAACUCCACAUCCCUCCUCGCCAUAGUUUCACUGCAAAACCAGCCGCCAUUAAUGACUUCUCUUCACUUUGUGUUGUUCCCUCUAAUGGCUCAAGGUCAUAUGAUACCCAUGGUCGACAUCGCCCGAUUACUAGCACACCGCGGGGAUACCGUCACCAUAAUCACCACUCCGGUUAACGCCAACCGGUUCAAACCCACCAUUUCUCGAGCUAUCAAAGACGAAAACCUCAAGAUCCAACUACUUGAGCUCCAACUCCCRUUAACAGAAGUCGGUUUGCCGGAAGGGUUCGAGUGUUUCGACAUGCUUACAUCAGAAGCCCUCUUUAUGAAAUUAUUCGCAGCGGCAGCUAUGUUAAAGGAACCAUCGGAAAACAUCCUCCGGCGACUAACUCCKGCGCCAAGUUGCAUCAUCUCCGACAAUCUAUUUCCUUGGACUAGAGAUCUUGCUCAGAAGUUCAAUAUUCCGAGGCUUAUUUUCCAUGGACCUGGAUGCUUCACGUGUAUGUGUAUGCACAUUGUGAUGAAUWCUAAUAUACUAGAUGAAGUAGUCCGUGACUCGGAMUGCCUUGUUCUACCCGGUCUGUCUGACCGGAUAGAACUUACAAAAGCGCAAGCUUCCGCUUGGGAAAGAUCGCUAGAGAAGGCGACAGCAGGUGUGUUUGAAGGAUUGCGAGAAGCGGAGAAUGAUGCAGAUGGGAUUGUGGUUAAUAGUUUCCAUGAGUUGGAGGCCRAGUACGUUGAACAACUUGCGAAAGCGAAAGAUAAAAAGGUAUGGUGUGUCGGUCCGGUUUCGUUAUGCAACAAAAGUUCCGWAGAUAAAUCCGAGAGAGGAAGCAAGGCCGAAUUCAAUGAACAUGAUUGCUUGAAAUGGCUAGAUUCGAGGGAGCCGGGUUCCGUGGUCUAUGUUUGCUUGGGAAGUCUAACACGAGCUUGUACCGAACAAGAUAUCGAACUAGGGUUGGGAUUGGAGUCAUCCAACAUGCCAUUCAUUUGGUGCGUAAGRCACACGACCGAGGAACUCGAGAGAUGGUUCUCGGAAGAAGGAUACGAAGAACGGGUGAAAGAUAGGGGUUUAAUUGUCCGGGGUUGGGCACCACAAGUUUUGAUUCUGUCACACCCGACCAUCGGAGGUUUUUUGACGCAUUGCGGAUGGAACUCGACUCUCGAAGGGAUUUCGACCGGAGUCCCGAUGGUUACAUGGCCGCAUUUCGCSGAUCAGUUUAUGAACGAGAGAUUCAUCGUGGAUGUUCUGAAAAUUGGAGUGGGAAUUGGCAUUAAGGUUCCUGUUCGUGUUGGACAGGAGGAACUGUUGGGAGUGUUGGUGAAGAAGGAAGAGGUGAAGACGGCAUUGGAGGGCUUAAUGGAGACAGACGAGGAAGGAAAAGCAAGAAGAAAGAGAGCUGAAUCGCUUGGGGAAAUGUCGAAGAGAGCAAUGGAGGAAGGGGGUUCGUCUUAUCUUAACCUCACAUCCAUGGUUCAAGAUAUUAGCGAACAAGUUGCAAGGAGGAAAUCAUCAGUUCAAGAUAUUGCGUUGGAAUAA